UAGCUUGAAGCCGAAGCUGAUGCAAUAGCAGAGAGAUAACACACGUGUGGCGUCAGAUAGACUGCUUAUUAUAAGGACCACCUCCAGAAGAAGCAUCCGUAUCUAAGCACAGAGGAUAGGGACGUCCACUUGUCUGUUUUAAUAAAACCUAUUGACUGUACAGUAUCAUCAUAUCCACACCUCCUGCUCUGAUUGGCUGACGGUGAAGUCAGGGCAGUAUAAGUGCUCUCAAGUUACUUACUUCUUUCCUUUUUCAGAAACUCACCCGACUUUUAGGUGACUGUCAAGAUGCCUGUAGUUCGAGCCCUCAGCAAGGUGGCCAAGCAGGUCCUCCUCACUCCAGGGUGUGGGUGCCAGCCUCUGACCGUGGCCGUGAGAAGCAUCAGCUUUUCCCCGCGCCAGGUCACGUCUGAUGCCAGUUUCCAUUCUGUGUCGUUCUCUGAGACGGACCACCCCAAAGUGCUCAUCACAGGUGGCCUGGGACAGCUGGGAGUGGGGCUGGCCAAAAUGUUGAGAAAGCGGUUUGGAAACAACAAUGUGAUUCUGUCUGACAUCAGGAAGCCUCCGAGCCAUGUCUUUCACAGCGGGCCCUUCAUCUACUCAGAUAUCCUGGACUAUAAGAACCUGCGUGAGAUUGUGGUGAACAACCGCAUCACUUGGCUCGUCCACUACAGCGCUCUCCUUAGUGCUGUUGGAGAGGCCAAUGUACCCCUGGCACGUGCCGUCAACAUUACCGGCCUUCACAACAUCUUGGACAUCGCAGCUGAACAUGGCCUGCGUCUUUUCGUCCCCAGCACCAUCGGGGCCUUCGGACCUACCUCGCCACGUAACCCCACCCCUGACCUCUGCGUGCAGAGACCACGCACCAUCUACGGUGUCUCCAAAGUCCACGCAGAGCUUAUGGGCGAGUACUACCACCACCGUUAUGGCCUGGACUUCCGCUGCCUGCGCUACCCCGGAAUCAUCUCUGCUGACUCCCAGCCUGGCGGGGGCACGACAGACUACGCCGUUCAGAUAUUUCACGAUGCCGUCAAGACAGGAAAGUUUGAGUGCAACCUGAAGUCCGACACACGGCUACCCAUGAUGUAUAUUGAUGACUGCCUGCGCGCCACGCUGGAGGUGUUGGAGGCUCCUGCUGACUCGCUGAGCAUGAGGACCUACAACAUCAACGCCAUGAGCUUCACCCCUGAAGAGCUCGCCCAGGAGGUACAGAAACAGAUGCCCGAUCUGGAGGUCACGUACGACAUCGACCAAGUGCGACAAGCCAUCGCCGACAGCUGGCCCAUGAACUUUGAUGACUCCAAUGCACGGAAUGACUGGGGCUGGAAGCAUGACUACGACCUUCCUGAGCUGGUUCAGACCAUGAUCAACUUCAUUGGCUCAGAGUCGCGUAUUGCUCGUGCCAACUGAAAGGCGAGGAUGAGGGCAAAGGGAGUUUCUUUGUACAUACUGUAAAGAUGGCUUAAUUAGAAUGGAGACAUGUGGUCUGUAAAUAGUAUUUCUGUCUCUAAUCUGUGUAAUUUGGAAGGGCUCUAUUUGCCUGCCUGGCUUAAACUACCGUAUCUGCAGAAUGUGAAGGUCACUCAACAGAGCAUUCCAACCCCCUCCACUUCUCUCUGUGCUGCCACCUCAUUUCACGCUCCCUAUUUCCCUCUCUCUGUCUGUGUUCUGGGGAACUGAGCUUCCUUUGCCAGUUUGAUUGUCAUUGAGAAGAACAUGGCAGAUUGCAUGGGGUUCGAGAAAUACAUUAUGAUCAAAACACGGCUAACAAUUGUAAGCAGUAAACAUCUGUAAUGCGUUUUAGGAAAAACCAAGCAAAUUUAACAAAUGAAUGGAAGCGCUUGAACCCUUUCUCUUUAAGAUACUCAAGUCAGGAUUGCUUUAUUUUAUUUGCUAAGUCAAGUUCUUGUGAGUUCAGAAGGGGGGCCAGAUCUAUACGGGCAAAAUCAAGCUGGGAAAGGAGUUUUGAUUGAAAGGUUUUAAAAAAUGGAAAUUGUGUCUUUUGAUGCACUUUAGAAAAUAUUUCAACCUUUUAAAAUCAUCAUUUGGCAAACUGAUGCAUUGAAUCGCCAUGAGUGAGGAGGUGGUUCUGUGCAUUUGCGUUCAGAGGUGUGGAUACAUUUUUGUAUUUCUUUUUUUUUGUUGCUUUUUGUUAUUCCAUUUUUUGCAUUCUAUAUUUAUUUUGUCUGCUUAUGAAAUGUUUAUGGGAAUCAUGUUGAGCAAAUGUGCUUGUUGCACUCCUGUAUGAAUGUUCCACAACCCAAUGGAAGUCUUUGUCAAACUAAAUAUGGACUGAGAUUUUCUACUUGUCUGUUUUAGUCUUUUUGGCAGGGUGACUCCGUGGAGUUAUGGAUUAGAAAAGGGAAAUGUAGCCAUUUCUGCGAUCUGUUCUAUAAUUCUGUUAAUGAUGAUGAAUUUAGUCACUUUCUAUGUGAAAGUAUGAGCAAGUGAUGUUCUUUCGAUUGCAAACACCUGCUUCAUUAAAAACGUAUUUUUCAUG